AUGAGCGAGGCUAAGAAAGGUGAGCUAGCCAUCCAAGACAAAGCCAUCCUGCACCAGCAGCGGCGUCUGAAGCAGGCCACCCAGUUUACACACAAGGACUCGGCUGACCUUCUGCCCCUGGACGGGCUUAAGAGGCUGGGCACGUCCAAGGACUUGCAACCUCACAGCAUCGUCCAGCGACGCCUCCUCGAGGGCAACAUCACACGGCUGAGGGGGGAGGCCCACGACCCCAGCGCCAGGGUCCGCUCGCCACUCGCCGACAGCAAGGACGGCCCCACCGACACCGAGGAGAGGAGCGAGAGCACGGCGGACGACUCCACGGAGGAGAGGGAGUCCCCGGAGGAGAGUGAGAGAAGCCUACGGACCACAGACGAGGAGGACGACAGCAGUGAAGCCGGGGCCAAACAGACCACCGAGAAGACGGAGGGGACGGGGAGCUCGGCGCCCCUCACCGCCCUCCUGAUUCAGUGCAAGUGCUGUGAGUCUGAAGUCAAGGCGUCCAUCAACACCGGCAGCCAGCACAACCACAUCUCUGCUUCUUGCUGCCGGAGGCUGGGGUUGGUGCUGAAUGAGGACUGUGCACCUUUCGGCCGAUCCAGCACAGUGAGUGGGCUGCAGCUGCAUCUGGGGACACAGAGGGCCCAAUGCUCAGCCUUUGUCAAAGAGGAUGAGGUGUUUGAACUGUGCCUGGGUCUUCAGACUCUGCUGGAACUCAAAUGCUGUGUGGACCUCAGCAGUAGGGUCCUAAAGCUCCAGGGCUCUGGAGAGGAACUGCCCUUCCUGCAGCCGCCGUCUGACGGCCGUUGCCACCACGACACCAACGAGAACCUGUGAGGUGACCCGGAGGGCGACGGCCGCCUCCUCGUGUCCUACUCUCGAUGGCCUGGGGCAACUUCACGCGAUGCGGCUCAAUGUCCGGACUGUGUCUGACCACAGUGUAUCGCACUGCCAGAACAUGGAUGAAAACCAACCUCAUCAUUCUUGGGUUUACAUCGUCGUAUUUGUAGAAUUAAGAUUUUCACCGUACUUAUCUCCUAUAUCAGAUUAGUGUAGUUUACAGAGCAGAUGGAGGCCAAUUAUAGAGACAAUCUGAUUUAUCUGGAUCUGCUCAUUCUUUAUGAUUAUGUACAGUACUGACACCAGUUGUUAUGUUGAUCUACUCCAGUGUGCCGCUGCUCACCGUCACCAAGGAAAACAACGAUCGUCAUCUGAGAUUAGGAUAUAUUUAUGAUUUAGUUGUGACAAAAUCGAUUUAGAGGUGUCAAGUAAAGAUGAGAAAACUGUUCGGUGUUGUGGUUAAACAUUUUAAACGACUCUCCCCAAAGUGCUUGUAUUAAGGAUGCCCCUUCAAGUGUGCUUAACAGAAAUGGCAGAAAGCCUCGAGGGGUUUUUGAGGUCUUGCGUAACUCGGUGUCAGUCAGGUCACCGCCGUUAGAAGUCGAGGGCGUGGAAGCCUGUGUAGAAAUUCUGCAAGAGAUGCGAGGUGAAAACUACUAUUUCUAAACUACAUCCAGCCAGGUCAAGCAUCCUCUCUCUCUCUCUCUCUCUCUCUCUCUUUCUCUCUCCCUCUCUCUCUCUCUCUCUCUCUCUCUCUCUCUCUCUCUCUCUCUCUCUCUCUCUCUCUCUCUCUCUCUCUCCCCCCCCUUCUGAUGAAAAAUUGGGUUUGGUUGAUCUAAAUA